GAGCAGCAGAUGGAGUUUUCUGGAGAUAUAUGUAGAAAUGUUAAUGAAGGUGAUCCAAGUCAAAGAAGUUUGGAUGAAGAUGAAAAUGUUUAUGCUAAUCAGGAAACAAUCAGAACUCAGAUGAGUACUCAGAGGAAAAAGGAAAAAGGAGAGAUUCCAGGAGCCGGUACCAUAGAAACCAAAGGCUACAGAGUGUCUGUAGUGAGUCUGGGGCUGCUGUGUGUUCUGCUGCUGAUCGUCAUCAUAGUGAUAGUUACCAAACAUGACCAGAGAGACGUGACCAGAGAGAGAGACCUCUUCCAAGAGAGAAGCACCAACAUAACCAAAGAGAGAAACCAACUGCAAUUAACUAUCAAGAAUUUGAUCAAACAGCAAAACCUCUUGCGAGAAGGAAGCACCAACAUAACCAAAGAAAGAGAUCAACUACAGGUAGCUAACAACAAUUUGACCAACGAGCGAGACCUCUUCCAAGAGAGAAACACCAAACUAACCACAGAAAAUCAUGAGCUGCGUGACAUAAUUAGUAAUUUGACAGCAGAGAAGAAUGAUCUGAUGGACAAAAACAGAAACUUGACUGCUGAGAAAGAGAAGCUGCUUAACACCUUUCCAAUUCCGCAAGACUGGAUACGUUUUGGUUACAGUUUUUACUACAUUUCAAAUAAUGAGACAACUUGGAGUGAUGGUAAACAACAAUGCAUGGAUCGAGGAGGGAAUUUGGUGAUUAUUGACAGUGAGGAGGAACAGGAAUUUAUCUCAGGAUUUCAGAAAAGAGGGUGGAUUGGUCUUACUGAUGUGGAGGGACCAUGGAAAUGGUUAGAUGGUGAAUUGCUGAAAACUGGGUACUGGAUGGAAGGAGAGCCAAAUGACUAUAAUGGAAAAGAGCACUGUGCAGAGAUCUUCCCUGAUCGUACACCCCUGAAAAACUGGAAUGACAACAUGUGUACUGAAAGAAACAGUUACUUUUGUGAACAACCACUGUGGCAUCAGUAAAGAUAGGUAGCAUAAACCUCAGAAGUAUACUCUUGUCAUACUGACUUUAUUGUGUACUCUUGUGUUCUGUAUGGUAUGAUGAUUGUGUACUGCACUGACAAGCAAGAGUUUGUUUCACAUUUUCAGUUAACUAAAUAAGCUUGCUUGCAUAAAUAGCUACUGUAAUGUAAAAUUGGCAUUUAAAUAGUCCAUUAAUCCCCAAAAAUAUUGUGUUUGUGUACAUACAUAUUCUGUGUGUAUUCACUGUCCAUAAAAGCUAACGUCAUGAGCACAAGAAAGUGAGAUAAAAUGUUUGUACAUUCAAAUACUUCCCUAACUGCUCAGAGUCCCUGAU